UUUCUUUGGAACAAGAUGAAACUUUUGUUGAUAAUUCUUCUGGCAAGUACAAGUUACCAGUUGGUUGACGCGGUGCUGCCCAAACCCCACAUCAACCGACAAUCCAACAAGGAUCUACCACCCAAUAAUAAACACAUUUCGGAUGAUCCCAUUAUCGAGGCUUUACGACAGAGAAUCUACCAAAAGAUCGAAACGGUCAAGUGGAAGGGUCACCUAAAGUCCUGGGUGGAUGUCGGGGUUCAUAUGCUGAGUGGGCCCAUUUCGAGAAUUAAUGAAGCAGUCAUUUCCAUGGGAUACGAUCCCACAUAUGAGCAGGUAAUGGCCAAAACGCGGCAGUUGAUAUGGGAGAAGAGCCAUAGGGCCAUGGAUAUAGUGUGGGGAAAGCUUUCAUGGCUUCUAGGGGUCCUUCAUGCCAAGAUAUUGACUACCCUGGAGCAAAAAAAGAAGCAAAAUUUGGAUCACAUGGAAGUACUUGAGGAACCGGAAAAAUUGGAUGUACAGUAUAAGGACUAUGAAGUGUAUAUGAGAGAAUCCCGAAAGUAAUGUGGAAUUUCUCUAUAAUUUUAAUAUUUAUGCAUA